AUGUUGCUGCUUCAGUGCAGAAACACAGCCUCUUUUCAGAAGUUAUGUAACUUGGUUCCAAAUGGGAAAAUGAAGAUUUUCCUGGUUUUUCUAGGUUUACUUGGUAAUUCUGCUGCCAUGCCAUUUCAGAUGCAAAUGCCCCGAAUGCCUGGAUUUAGCAGUAAAAGUGAGGAGAUGAUGCGUUAUGCUCCAUUCAACUUUAUGAACGCCCCACCAAUGAUGAACAUGGGCCCAUAUGGAAAUGGUUUUCAAAUGCCUCCGCCUCCACAAAUGCCUCCACAUUUUCCACCAUACCAGAUGCCCAUGUGGCCUCAGCCAGUACCCAAUGGAUGGCAGCAACCUCCAACACCCAAUUUCCAGAGCAAGACUGAGCAAACUCAGGAGACCCUCAAACCCAACCAGACUCAGCCAAACGAGCCACAACCACAAAAGCAGCCUUCAAAAGAACCGCCAAACAAGGCAACUCAGGCCAAAGAGGAAGGCCAGUCACCUCAGGCAUUCCCACCAUUUGGCAAUGGGAUGUUUCCUUAUCAACAACCACCAUGGCCAAUUCCACAGAGGGGACCACCACCAGGUUUUGGGCGUGCCAAAUUCAGCAAUGAAGAAGGAAAUCCUUAUUUUGGAUUUUUUGGAUAUCAUGGCUUUGGGGGUCGUCCUUAUUAUUCAGAAGAGAUGUUUGAAGAUUAUGAAAAACCCAAAGAAAAAGAUCCUCCUAAAGAAGAGGACCCGCCCCCAGAACCCUCAGCUAAUUCAACAGUGACUGAGGCUAAUUCCACUCAACCAAUUCCUGGAGGGAGUCAAGGUGGAAAUGACACUAGCACAAUAGGAAACAGGGGCCCUGGGCCUAACCCUGGGAACAACCCUACCAUUCAAAAUGGUGUCUUCCCACUCCCUAAAGUUAAUAUUUCAGGCCAGGGAGUACCAAAAAAACAAAUUCCAUGGAGACCAAAUCAGCCAAAUAUUUAUGAAAAUUAUCCACAUCCAAAUACACAGAAUUAUCCUACAGGAAGACAAUGGCAAACCACUGGUACCACGGUCAUGGGGCACAGACAGGCUGGACCUAGUAACCGAAAUCAAGAAGUCCAAAGAGGUCCUAGGUGGAAUUCCUUUGCUUGGGAAGGCAAACAAGGAACUCGCCCAGGAAAUCCAACUUAUCGUAAGGCUUCCCCUCCAACUUCAAGAGCCAAUUAUCCCAACUAUGCAGGAAAUCCAGUCAAUUUUAGAAGAAAACUUCAGGGGCCAAAUAAACCAUUUGUGGGAACCAAUGCUGCCUCAAAUAAUCCAUACGGCGGAACCAAUGCUGCCUCAAAUAAACCAUUUGUGGGAACCAAUGCUGCCUCAAAUAAUCCAUACGGUGGAACCAAUGCUGCCCCAAAUAAACCAUUUGUGAGAACCAAUGCUUCCCCAAACAAUCCGUUUGGAGGAACCAAUGCUGCCUCAAAUAAUCCAUACGGCGGAACCAAUGCUGCCUCAGAUAAACCAUUUGUGGGAACCAAUGCUGCCUCAAAUAAUCCAUACGGCGGAACCAAUGCUGCCUCAAAUAAACCAUUUGUGGGAACCAAUGCUGCCUCAAAUAAUCCAUACGGUGGAACCAAUGCUGCCCCAAAUAAACCAUUUGUGAGAACCAAUGCUUCCCCAAACAAUCCGUUUGGAGGAACCAAUGCUGCCUCAAAUAAUCCAUACGGCGGAACCAAUGCUGCCUCAAUGGGUCCUAAACAAGGUGCUAUUGGCCACAAGACAAAAAUCCCAAAUCCAAAGGAAAAGUCAUCAGGUCAAAAAGAAAGAACAAUCAGUCCUACAAAAGAAACAGCUGGUCCCUGGAGAAGCUCUCAACAAUAUGGAGUUAACAAACCAAAUUAUAAUUUGCCUCAUCCUGAGGGCAGCAUGCUAGGCCCUAAUUUUAAUUCUUUUGAUCAGCAUGAAAACUAUUACCCAAGAGGAGAUUCCAGAAAAGUACCAAGUCCCAAUUUAAUUCAAAGUCAGAAUUUGCCCAAAGGGAUUGCUUUGGAGCCAAGAAGAACCCCAUUUGAAUCAGAAACUAAGCAGCCUGAGGUCAAGCACAGUACACAUCAGCCUGCGUAUCCUAAGGAAAUCCCUUCUCCUACAAAAGAGCAUUUUCCUGCUGAAAGAAAUACCUGGAAUCACCAAGAAAUCCCUCCACCCUUUAAGGAAGAUCUAGGGAAGCAAGAAGAAAAUUUACCUCAUCCUUCCUAUGGUUCUAGAGGAAGUGUUUUCUACCAUGAACAUAACUCCUAUUAUCCUAAAGAAAAGUCACCAUACAUCAGAAACAAUAUGUGGGAUGAGAGAGUUGACUCUCUCAAUCUUAUAGGGCAACAAGAAAAUCCACAGUAUCCCAUGAAUUCUCUAGACCAGAAGGAGAUAAUCCAUUAUAAUGAAGAGGAUCCAGUUGAUCCAAAUGGAGAUGAAUCUUUUCCAGGACAAAGCAAAUGGGGUGAAGAAGAGCUGAACUUUAAAGAAAGCCCAACAGUUAGGCAGUAUGAGAAUGAUCAAUAUGCCUCAAACCAACCAAGGGAAUAUCUUCCCUAUCCCUUAGGUAAUCCAUCAAAACCCCCAGAAGAUUUUCCUUAUAGUGAAUUUUAUCCUUGGAACCAAGAUGAAACUUUUCCAACAUAUAAUCCAGGUCCCACUAUAUCACCACCCAUGGACAGGAGCUAUUAUGUUAAUAAUGCUGUUGGACAAGAAGAAAGCACUCUCUUUCCUUCAUGGAACUCCUGGGACCACAGGAAUCAAGACCAAGGACAGAAAGAAAGUCAGCCGUAUUUCCACAGAAACUUCUGGGAUUCAUCAACAAAUUUACACAAAUCUAAUACACCAAACCAGAAAGGAAGCCAUCCUUAUUCUAGUAAGUCCCCUCUUGGGGACUUUUUUUUUCAAAAAAAUCCAACAUGGCUUGAAGGUGAAAAUUUGAACUAUGAUUUGCAAAUGGCUAGUUUAAAUCCACCAGAGAGAGAAUAUUUGACUUUCCAAGGCUUAAGUCCUCAAAGUUACCCAUCAGGUCAAAAAGAGGCACAUUCAUUUCACCAAAGUCAGAGAGGUUCCUGCUGCAUUGGCGGCUCCACAGGACACAAAGACAACCCACUAGAUCUACAAGAUUACACUUCAUCCUAUGCUCUUGCACAAGGGGAGAACCAAGAAACCAGUCCUAUGUAUACAGAAAGUAGUCAUACCAAGUAUACAAGACCUAAUGUCUCUCCAACAAGCAUCCUACCUAGUCAAAGAAACAUCUCAGAGAAUAAACUAACUGCAGAAAGCCAAAAGCCAAGUCUGUUUGGAGAUGAUUUGUCCACUCUGAAGAGGGAUACCCCAUGUUCUGUAAAAAAUCCAUUGGAAAUAGGAGUUAGAGCCUUUCCUGAAGCCAGCUCUCCUCAACCAAAGAAUAUGCCUUGUCUCAAAAGUGAACUUGGAGAAGAUAGAAAUGAUGUUCUGAAACAAAUUUUCAAAGGCAGCCAGCUCAGUGAAAGAACUGCUGACCUUACUCCUGAACAGCUUGUUAUUGGUACACCUGACAAAGGCCCUGGGCCAGAAAGCAUCCAAAAUGAAGCCCAAGGAAAUGAGGGCAAGAGGCAGCAGCAAAGACCACCUACCAUCCUGAAGUUACCGUGUUUUAGCUCCAAAUUAGCAACACUUCACUCCUCCAGCACUGGACCUCCAACUAGCAAUGGAAGGCAAAGCCCAUUUAAUAGAGAUAUUUCUAUGCCUACUGAAAAUCCUAUCACAUUGGUUGGGUUAGCUACUGGAGAACAAUUUAAAAGCAUAAAUGUAGAUCAACUUAAUGCAGAUGAACAUACUGCAUUUGAAUCCUUUCAAGGAACCAAUCCACAGGACCAAGUACAUGACUGCUUACUGCUUCAGGCCUAG